AUGAGUAGAGACGUCGGUGCAGCUACUCUUCGUAGGAAAUCUUUGAAAGAUGUUGUUCGACAUUUUACUCCAGUAUGGUUUGCUGUCACGAUGGGGACUGGCUCAAUCGCCAUGCUCUUCCACAACUUUCCUUAUGCUGGUGAUUCGCCAGCAAUGCGAGGUUUUACACUCGCCUUCUUCUUCUUCAAUCUUGUGCUCUUUCUGCUCUUCAGCGUCAUCACUGCAGCUCGAUACAUCCUCUUUCCUGGCAUUUGGUCUCGUAUGAUACGGGAUCCUGUGCAGAGCUUGUACAUUGGCACGUUUCCAAUGGGCGCAACAACGUUAAUAAACAUCGCCAGUAGCGACAUAUUCCAGACAUACGGUUUUGGUGGGAAGCCGUUUAUUUAUACGGUGUGGGCGUGUUGGUGGAUCAAUGUUGCGAUUUCAAUAACAUGCUGCUUUGGCAUGAUGCACGUUAUGAUCACUCUCCAACAACAUUCGCUAAAGUCUAUGACAACUGUUUGGCUUCUUCCUGUCGUGACCCUUGUCGUCGGAUCUUCUUCUGGAGGUGUUCUCGUGCCAGCGCUUCAGGUCUAUUCCCCCUCGUAUGCGUUGCUAACGGCGACGUUCUCUUCGUGCAUGGUCACAAUAGGUCUUAGCCUUUCCCUCAUGCUACUCACGAUAUACAUCCUUCGGUUGGUCGUAUACGGUUACCCCACGGGUGCAUCAAUUCUGUCUGUUUUUCUUCCUAUCGCUCCUUGUGGACAGGCAGCAUACUCGCUCUUACAACUGGGGUCCUCUUUCCGUUUGCUAUUACCUCUGAAUUAUGGUGAUCCAGGCGGAUUGUUGCGACAGCCUGGAACCGGCGAAGUAGUGGAGGUGAUAUGUGUGGUUGGUGCUGUGGUGCUAUGGUCACUGGCGAGUAUGUGGAUACUCUUUGCUAUGGUCGGUCUCGGCUACACUCUUCGUCGGGAACGCAUUGACUUUCGACUGCCAUUCUGGGGAACUGUGUUUCCUAACGGAGUAUAUGCAAAUCUCAACUUGGCCUUGGCAACAACAUUUUCCUCUACAUUCUUUCGUGUAUGGGGUUCAAUAUAUGCGGUGGGGACGCUAAUAUUGUGGGUGUGUAUUGCCUUGCCUACAAUACGGAUGGUUCCAAGUGGUCGUAUAUUUGACGCUCCAUGUCUGGAAGAGGUCAUGAUUGGAGAAACGGGGAGGGAAACGGAGAAAAGCGAAGACGAUUUAAAGAACUUGUUGAGAGAUGAUCCGUGA